CCCAAGUGUUGUGGGGCUUGUAAAGCAUUUUUCAGAAUAAAAAAUGCUUGUAAUGUACUAGAUAUAAAUUAGGGUUUUAGAAAUGGGAGUGAUGAUAUUUCUAGGUCACGAAUUAAGUGGUAUCUCAGAGUCAGAGAGAGAGAAAUGGCUAAUUGGAGGAGUUUUGGCGAUCGGAUGCUGUAUUGCCACCGGUCUAUUCUAAAAACAUGGUGCAAUUCUACCAAUCCGGCGAUCUUUCACAACUCCAGUAUCGGUGGUGGGGGUGGUGGUGGUUUGCUCCUUGGAGGAGGCGGAUGCUUCAGAAAAGCUGCGACCUUUUUGCCGAUCCGACAUUGUUGUUGUUGUUGUUCUUCUUCUUCUCCACCUGUAAGUCCUCCUCGAUCACUGUCUUCGUUACCGUUGCUCAUGGUACCUCCAGGUGUUGCUGUUUUCGAUCACAACAAUUCAGAAAACAACGAGUCCAACAACAACAACAACAACAACGAGGAGGACUAUUUUCAUUUCGUCAGCCUUUCGGAGCAGAGUCAAAUUAGGGUUCGGAAGAAUCUUAGUAUACCAUGGCAGAGGGACCUCCUUAUGCCGAACAAAGCAUUUUGUGUGGGCUCUUCUCAUGGAUGGUUGGCCUUUAACCACCCUCGCAAUUGUCACCCUUAUCUCUACAACCCCUUAAUAGACUCCCCUCAUAUCCCAUACAUUCCCCUCCCUUCCGUCGAAACCCUCCCCACCGUUCGCGGCGUUCGCUCCCUCAAAUCCGAUCAUUCCUCCCCUUCCCCUUCUCUCAUCACACAGUUCCUAAUCUUACUCCACCAAAACAACGAUAUCAGAAUGGACACCUUCGAGGAAACAUUGUCCUCCAGAAGAAUGAGUGGUUGUUACGUAACAAAACUUGCUAUGUCAUCAUCCCCGUCCCUCCCCUGUUAUUCUUCAUCUUCAAAACCAGAACUUGACGACAACAACGACUGCACUAUAAUGGCCAUCUAUGGCAGUAAUGAAGCUAUUGCCUUCUGCAAACCCGGAAACGAUAGGUGGACUGUCUUGGACGGUUUGUUCAAAGCCUAUGGUGACAUAAUAUAUUUCAGCAAGGACCAACGAUUUUAUGCCAUGAACUCAUAUGAUAGCAUUGAAGCUUGGGACCUCACAGACCCUUCUUGUCCCAAAAAUCAAGUGUUUGAUAAAAUUUCCUUUGGUCUGAAGAAGCCUGGGGCCAAAUUUGAUGGAUCUUAUAAUUGUGUAUUAGAUCAUUAUUUAGUUGAAUCCUCGGGCAAUCUUUUGCUGGUUUCCAGGUAUAAAGCUGUAAGUGUUGAUCGAACUGGCAUUGUGCAUCCUCGUAGGUUGGAAGAGAAAGUAGUAGUGAAUAACAAUGACAAUGAGGAAUGGGAAAGUCAUUUCCUUCACGAUGAUGCUGCUUAUUGGACUCUGGGAUUUGAUGUUCAUAGGUUGGAUUUCGAUUGCAAUAAGUGGGAACCUGUGGAAUGCUUAGGUGACCGGGCAUUGUUUGUGGGCACUAAUCAUUCAUUUUCUCUCUCCACUCUCGACUAUCCGGAGCUGACGGGGAAUUCUAUCUACUUCACUGAUGAUAACUUUAUAGCAUUUAAUGACACGUAUCGUGGCCAUGAUAAUGGCGUCUUUCACUUAAAAGAUAACAACAUUAAACCUUGUUAUCCAAACAGGUUGAAGAUCUUUGACCCACAUCCAAUUUGGGUUGCCCCCAACACAAUAUAGUUCUACGCAAACAUCUAUUGGUGGAUUUUUCUAAAUUAUGAAUCUGCUGCUUUGUUUUUCUUCUUCUUUCCAGCAGCUCUGGCAACGACUUGGUAUGUCAUCAGCUCCAUUUGUUCUUUGCUAUUCUUCAUUAUCAUCAAAACCAGAACUUGACAAGGACCGCACUAUAUUGGCCAUCCACAGCGGAUCUGAUGAUAUUGCCUUGUGUUAACCUGGCGACGAUAGGUGGACUGCCUUGGAUGGUUUGCUCCGCUCCGAUGUAAUACUAACAUCAUAUAUUUCAGCAAGGAUCAGCGAUCCUCCUUGUCCUGAAAAUCAAUUGUUUGAUAGUCCUGACUUGCUGUCCUGGGAAGCUUGAGCACGAAUUUGCAUAUUCUUGUGAUGAGACAAGUUAUUUAGUUGAAUCCUCUAGGAAACUUUUGCUGCUUUGCUGGUU